GAGCUUCUCCCGAGCGGGAGCGCUCUCGUGGGUAGCGACCGGCUCCACCAUCCGUCCCCUCGGCCGGGUCCCCGCGGCUCAGGCGCUCCUGCGGGGGGGCGCGACUCGGCGCCUUACGGAGGAAUGCUGUUUGAAACCGGUGUCUGCCGGCCGUGCUGCCGGGCUCUUUGCUGAGGAGGAAGCCUGGCCUUGGCGUGAGUUACAGCACCCAGGGGCUGGAACCGUUUCGCGCCUGCCGCUCGCCGCAGAGAUCCUUUGUCUGGGAAUGUGGCUUCAUUUGUAAGGCGAUAGGUGGGUGGCAGAACCCAGCACUGCACCAAACAUCCUUGUCUCUGAGUGAGAAACAGGAAUUAGCACUUCCUGGUAUAGCUAAGUAGUACUUUAUGUAGCACAUAAAUACACCAAGGUGGAAAAAACAGGAGGGACUUGACUAAAUUGCUACUGAACAAUCUGUAGUAAAAGGUAAGCAGAAAUGCAAAACACCUUUAGUACUGAUGUAUGGUCUACAGAUAGAGAACAGUCAAUGGUAGUGGUAUCUCCAUCAUGCUUGAUUCUUGACAGAGUUGUUUUAUGGUGGUAUUUCAGUCAGUACUUCAGUUCGAACUGGGCAGGUGUAGAAAUGACAUUUAAGCCCAACAGUGUGUCCUUACAUGUGGAACUUAAAAAGUAGCCUAUAUCAAAAGCUGUAGGAUGGACAUAGAUUACUGGGAUUCUUAAUCAGGAGUCUUGAGUGAAAGCAGCAAUUCAGGUUUGGAAACAGUUGCAUCCUACUAUUUAUCAGUUUUUUCUGAAUCUCUCAAACUGUAUUAUGAAAUCCUUAACCUUGAUUACAGUAAUUGCUACUAUAGCCCUAGUGAGAACACAGGAUAUUUUGGCAAUGUGCGGACCACCUUGGAUGUGCUUGGUUUCAGCUUUGAUGUUGAUUCACUUUGCAAUUGUGUAGGGCUUGUUGUAUGUGUGGCGUGUUUAUUCAGGCACAGGCUUUUUUUAAUAGUUUAAAAGAUGCAAAUAUUUUUCUCAGUGGUUCAGAUAUAAGGAGCUUUAUGUUCACGUGAGUUUGUUCUGAUAUCUUUCUUUUAAGCAUAAUAACUUUAUUGACAGUGUGACCAGAAGUGAAAUCUAUACCAGAAACAGUCCUGUUUAUGAAAUAAUUAAACUGAGAAACUGAAGCAACACUUGCUGGAAAUUUGUCACUGAAGAAUUUGACUUACGGGAAUUGAGAAGACACUUAUUUUUGUUUGUUCUAGAGAUUAAGAAUUGGGAUUUGCUAGAUAGUUAUUAGUUGGACCUCUUGUUUAUAUUUUAAGUCACUAAUUUCAGGUAUCUUUAUAUUAAGCCUAGAUUUUGGUCUAGAACAAAACAGUAUCUUAGCAAGUACCUCUUUAGUAGAGAGGAGUAGCAGGAAAUACAGUGAGGAAUGCCUUCAGUCAAAGCAGACAGUUCAUGCCUUGGAAGAAAAAAAAUGUAACAAGCAAACAAGGAGCCCUGUAGGGAAAAUUAUUUCUCAAGUUUGAAAAACACAGCUCCUUUGCUUUCCACAUGAGACAUGCAGAAAUGGAACACCUGUAAAGGGGAUUUUCUGUAUCAUCUUGGUACACUUCUUUAUUCCACCAUGGCCUGUCUUGGCUAUGGCCAGUGCUUGAUGCUGCAAGUGUUGGAAGCAUGAUCUUGAAUUCUGUUCUCUCUAGUGUCCUUGAUGAUGUCAGUGAGUGUAAGAUAGCAAGGCUAAUGGGCUGCCAUGAUUAUUUGUGUGAUUCUUCUCUUGGCUUCCACAGGCUAAGGAAUUUCUUUUUAACUGUAAUUCUGAAAACUACACUUUUAUCCAUUUAAAUUUAAGCAAAUUCCUGUGAGUUCUUUGACUAGGAUAUUCUUAUUUCAAAAUCAGAUCUAUUAUUUCAGCCACCCACAGUUUUGUCAGCAAGUUUUAAAAGUCUUCAAUUUUAAUUUCCUUUUUUAAAUUCUUACUGUUUACAUUCUCCUUAGCUUUUGUUUGCCUAGUAAGUUUUUUCCUGAACUCACAUAACUAUUUUAACAUUUGUAUGAUCCUCUUGCAAAUACUCUGGUAUGUUGAUGGUCUUGAAGCACAUACAACAGAACUGUAUGUGGUAUUUUGCUAGCUGAGAGCUUGUUUAAAUCUGCAACUUGGGGUGUUCUGUUCUAAAAUACUGUUAUGUGCAAACUUGAGUAAUUUGGUAUUAAACUUGUGUUUUUAAAUCAACUAUGGAAGCAUCUUCAUUUAGACACAAUGUGUUUGAGUACGGUGUUUCUAUUAGAUUAUACUCUGGGUGAUGUGUUCCAGUUCUAAUGGAAGUUCUUGCAUACGUUCAUGUUGCUAGUGGUUGACUGGAUUGCUUCUUUACUUUAGUAAUCACUCUGCACCCAGUUUUUUAAGGUCUCAUUAAUUUACAGGUCAUUUUAAAAAAGCCUCAGAUUAAAUCAGAUUGGCCUCUUCCUAGGCUUCCUAUUGUUUGUGCAGUUGAAUCACUCAUAGCUGUACCUGUAAUACAGAGCAUCUUGAUGCCAUGUGGUGAGUUGCGUUGCAGGCACAGUCUGUACAAACCCUGCUGAUAAAUCCAUAUGUCUCUCGCUACUUGGAGAUGUUAGCUUAUGUCUUGUUCGCAGCACAGCUCUGUUCAUGUUGCACCUAUGGUAAGUCUUGUCUCUGAGAUUUGCAGGUGUGAGCACAGUGCCAUGAUAACUUGCUGUAUGAUUUCUGGUUCUAGAGCUAGUAUGGGAUUUUGUUUCAGUAAGAGUCCUUAUACACUGUUCUCUUUCCCAGGAGAGACUGCACAGAAAAACUGCUCAGAAACCACUACCUAUCUCUGUUUUGCUAUGAUUACUCCUUCCAUUUCAUAAUUAUUACGGCCUUGCCUUACUGUCACCUUAAUUACCUUCUACCUGGACGUUUGGUGUGUUUUGUGACUUCCCCCCGCCCCCCGAUCUUCCUUACUGCUCAGAACCAAAGGUAAAAUGAGCUGUUUCCCUGGGGAUGUCACCUGAUUUUGGGGAGAGGGAAGCUGUCACCUACACCCUUCAAGCAGUUGAUAGGGACUCCAUUCUGCUGCUUCAUCGUCAUCCAGCUAAAAACUUUGGUCUUCCUUUACAUUUAGGUCUAAUAUCAGAUUCUUUUCAUAUGUUUUUUGACUGUACUGCUCUAUUGGCUGGAUUAGCAGCUUCAGUUAUUUCAAAAUGGAGGUCAAACGAUGCUUUCUCAUAUGGGUAUGUUCGAGCAGAAGUACUUGCUGGUUUUGUAAAUGGUUUAUUCCUCAUCUUUACAGCAUUCUUCAUUUUUUCUGAAGGCGUUGAGAGAGCACUUGAGCCUCCUGACGUGCAUCAUGAGAGACUUCUUCCUGUUUCUAUACUAGGAUUCAUUGUAAAUCUUAUAGGAAUAUUUGUUUUUCAACAUGGCGGCCAUGGACAUUCACAUGGCUCUGGACAUGAACACAGCCAUUCUCUAUUUAAUGGUGGUCUGAGCCAUGGUCACAGUCAUGGAGGUCAUGGUCACAGCCAUGAACAUAAACAUGCCCAUGGACACAGCCAUGGUCAUGGCCAUAGCCAUGGACACUCUCAUGGUCAGGAUUAUUGUCAUGAUGACCAUUCUCUUGAAGGGAUGGCUGGAUCCAGCAAACAGAUUUUACAAGGUGUAUUUCUACACAUUGUUGCAGACACGCUUGGAAGUAUUGGUGUAAUCAUAUCUGCUAUACUGAUGCAGAACUAUGGUCUAAUGAUAGCAGAUCCUAUUUGUUCAAUGCUGAUAGCGCUGCUUAUAGGUGUAAGUAUUGUUCCACUUUUAAAAGAAUCCAUUGGAAUUUUGAUGCAGCGAACUCCUCCUUCCCUGGAAAACGCCCUGCCUCAGUGCUACCAGAGGGUGCAGCAGUUGCAAGGAGUUUACAGUUUACAUGAUCCACAUUUCUGGACCCUCUGUACUGAUGUUUACAUAGGGACUUUGAAAUUAUUAGUAGCUCCUGAUGCUGAUGGAAGGUGGAUUCUAAGCCAGACUCACAAUAUUUUUACUCAGGCAGGAGUAAGACAGCUUUACAUACAGAUUGAUGUCGCAGCCAUGUAGUGAAUUUCCAGAAUUGUGCUGUUGGACCAAAGUUUUCUGUACUGUAAUGGUAUAACAACAUAGUUUUCAAGACAGAGCCUGCCUCCACCACUCUUCUGGAAUGGACUAAAGAGAUUUCUGCCCUCAGGCUAUGGAUGGAGUUAAUUUCUAAGGAGUAAAUAUUGAAUGAAUGUUAUGGACUCUGGGUCUUGUCUUUGUGUGGCCCCUAAACUUGUACGUUUUUGAGAGUUUUUUACUAAGAUUGUGGUACUGGAAACCCUGUCAUGUCUUCAGUAAAGCUGCUGAAACCACUGCUCAUUCCCAUAAAACCAGUGUUACCAACAAUUGGAAACUUGUUUUGUAGAUAAUGUCACAAUGGCUGACAUGCUUCAAUAUAAUUGUAUGUUUGUACAAUUGUUUGUACUUUGCAAACUUAAUGAACCAAACCAUAUUGGGUUUUCAAAGUGCCUUUUAUAUCAGGAGAGGUAUUUGCCAGCAUAAAUAUGGAGCAUCAAAAGGUUUUAUUACUUUUACAAAUAUCUUGUAUGCAGUCUGAUUAUUUACUAGUGAUAUAUGGGGGGGUGGGGGUGUGUGUGGUGUACUUGCGUAACUGUAGAUGUUAGACUUCCUUUAUACUUGCAUCUUACCAAACAGACAGAAAAAUUCUAAAUGUAAAAGGCAAAGCUGUUGUGAAGAGACUUGCUUUCAAAACAACCUGGAUAUUUUGCUGCAUAUAUAUUGUGGAAAUUAUUUUAGUCAAAAUACUAGAUUUAAUUGCGAUUCUUAGUCUCUUCAUACUAUUGAAAGUAAUGAGACAUUGCAUGAUUCUACUCAUGUCCAUAGUCAUGGAAACAACAGGCAGCAGAGGGAAGAUGCUGGUGAUGGACACAAUGCUUGAAGUUUUUUUAUCUUCCAAAUCAUGUGGUGGGAAAAAUUAAAUCCCUAAAUUGUUUGUGCAAGCUUAAAUCUCCUUGAUUUUAACAGGUUGUAAUAAUUUUUAUUAAAAGUGAUUGGUGAAUUAACUUCUGCCUUUCCAAAUACUGAAAAUAGUUGUUCCUGGUGGUUAUACCUGAAAUGGAAAUAAGGACCAUGGUUCAUGCUGUUUUAAGAUUAUGCUUUUUCCGAGUUGACAAGUCUGGUAUUUUUGACUAUCUUACUGUAGCUUUGUGUGUUUUCAUGGGGAAGAACUAAAAAUCCUCAGUGCAGGAAGUUGUUUUUCCCAGAAACAUUAGUGUGUCAUAUUUUUCUAGCAUUUAUAAUCAUUUCACACUUUCAGAUGUGAAUGUUGUUUUCAAGGACAAUCUGAUAUUAAUUUUGGUAUACAGUUGAUAAUUCCACUAUGCUGUAGUAGUUAAUUUAGUAAUAGAAGAUUUUCUAAGAGGAGCUUUUACAAACAGAACAUUGUGUAGCAAAAAGCAAGACAGGCAUUUUUCUGAAAAACUAUAGCCGCUACUGACUGGUAUGGAUUUUAAGUAUUCUGGUGCAUGAUAUGUGGUAAUACUGAAAUCAAGGCCCUCUGAAGCUGACAAUGUCUGGGUAGUAACUGCUAGGCUAUGAAAGUACUGAUGAUUCAUUUACAGAAAUUGUUUGUUUGCCACUGAUGUUGCUGAAUUCAUGAUUGAGAUUAAGAGUUUAUUGCAUUCAUUCUGUUGUUCCUAUAUAGCACCUAAAUUUUGAUCUCUCUUCAUCUGAAAACACAAUGGUUGACAAAUUGAUAGGUGGUUUCUGAAUUUUCCAGAUAAGAUAGAAACAUGAGUAGGAAUCUUGUACAAAGUUUGGGGGUGUACUUUUGUGGCUGGAACUGAAAACUGGGUGUAAAGAAAAACAGCAAUAAAAAGCCACAUACAUGCUGCUUUUAAGCUUUAGAGUCUCUACCAGUCUUCAGAUCCUUCACUAUUCCCGUUGCUGGCUGCUCCCGUGGAUGCAGGUGCAGAGUCCCCUUUCAGCUGACUGCGCUGUUUUGCAGAUGCUCUGCCAGGCCUCCUGAUGGUAGGAUGAGAUCUGAAAGUUACUCACUGCAGGGUAGAGUGCAAGAAUCUGUUGAGCAGAUUUGAGUACUGCAGUUUGAGAUACCAUUUGCUUAUGUUGAUAGAAAAGGUAAUUAAAAUAUGGUUGUGAUUCUAGGGCAGAGAUCUUAUAUUGUUUUGUAGUAUGUUGCAUAUAGACUGUUUCUUGUUGGUUGACAGCAUGGUUUCUUGGGUUUUUUUAUAGUUAAUACUACUAUUUGAGGCUAGAGAAGAUCAACUGAUACCACUUUAAAGGCAAGCACCAGUCAACGUCAUUGCAAUUAUCUGAUCCAAGAGCAGGCUUUGGUUUAAAUCAUUUUUAUACCAGCGUGUUUCAGGACUGAGUAUUCCUGGAGUUGCUGAAAUACUGUAGUGCUGCUAAAGUUGCUGAGCUUGGCCACUAUUUUUAGUUUUCUUAAUGAAAAGACAACUGCUACAUUUGAUUCCAAGUGAGAACCUGCCCAAGUGGCAAUUGGGUUUGUUUUGUUGUUUGUUUUUUUUUUACAAUGUACCUCUACAAAGUUUUAAAUAUGGGAAGUUGAUUGAAAAAGCCUGUAAGAUGGUUAUAAUUACACAAUGUUGCUUUUAAUAACUUCUGACAUCUUUUUGUUGCUUACUGUGACUUACCUGACUGGAAUCGUAUGUACAAGUCCGAGUUUUCUAACCAAGACAGCACUUUCUUCAUUACUUUUAAGGACAACUUAAUGGUUUUAUAGUAAGAAAUAUAUAAUUUGUU